AUGUCGACGCGGAGGAAAGAUAACAGCGUUCCGCUGCCGACAGAAGGAGGUAGUCGAAUAUAUUCAGACGAUCGGCCGAUAUUCGACGACCCCGAGGAUAGGAGAAUAAUUUGUAUUAAUUUGAGGUCUAGUUCAAAUUAACAGGACGAAUAUGAAAGAUUGUCAUAGCCUAGUUUAAUAUUUUUUGGCGAAUUCGAAAUUAUGAACGAAAUUUCUUGGAAAAUUUUUUUUUUGAAUGAGUGUUUUAAUUUUAAAAAUUCGAGCCUCAGAGUUCGAACCAAUGUUUUAGCGUUCGAAAAAAAAAGUCUUUGAGAGAAAGUUUGAAAGAGCUACGGGUUGACUUCGUUUCAUGAGAAGAGUUCAGCGCCGGCUCGGUUGGCGCCGCGUUUUACGACCAGGCGACGAAACUUCUACACGUUAUGAAUGACGUCGACGAGGACAAUUGUUACCGUAUCACUGAUUCCUGUUGGUCUUAACUGUUGAACACUUCUUUGUAAAGGAGAAGAUUUAGCUGUUCUUCCAGAACAGGGAAAGUUCGGUGUAGAACAAGCUUAACUGCAAAGGAAAAUGUUCGUAUAAGACCUUCAUUUGUGCAAAAUCUGUUUGAUUCGCUUUUCAAUCCUUGGCUUCUGUCAACGAUAAUAGAAACGUGAUUCAAUUGUCUAAAACAUUUGUUUUCGAAUCCCUUCCUUCUUUCACUACUCAGAAAAUAAACUGUAGGCCAGCACGCAUAGUUUAGAGAGCACGGUGAGUUUGGGGAGGUCUGACAAGUCGUCUCCACGUUCUUCCCGCUCUUCAAUGAAAGUUCUGGCUUGCAUGAUACCAGACUUGUUUCUCUAACGCAUCCAUUUUUGAUCUUGCUUUUAAAGUCUUUUAUUGAAAAAGUUAAACAAGGAAGUUCCAAGGAUCAUUAUGAAGAAAUAUUCAAGAUUAGCAAAAGAUAUAGAAAGUUGAAAAUUUUGAAAACUUUGAGUGAAAUGAAUCGUUCUACAAUUAUGUAACUAGUAAGAAAGUUCAGUUUCAAGUGUUUGAAAUCCGUUUUUGUUAAAAAUCAGUUGAAUAUGAAUCGGUAAUUUUUAGUGAUCAAACAAGUUGAGCCGACAGAAAUCGUCGUGAACAACUCGAACCAGCUGCAGUUCCUCAAUUUCUUGGGUAAAAAGUGUGAGUUUUGAGGCCAAUUCUACUUAUUUCUCAUCUUCUCAGUUCAUUUCAGACGGCCAUAUUGAGAUUCUGCCACCGGAGUUGAGAUUAUGUGCAGUAGAUGUAGUCAGUAAUCCUACAAACGAAGGCUCUUCUGAGGAGCAACGAGGUUUUUUUUCUUCCUAUGGACGAUUUUUUUAAAUUAUGAAAUGUUGAUUUCAGAACACGAAAGUUCAGAGAACGACGAAGACGAUUCCGAUCCUCCACCUCCGGUAUAUUUAAUUAUUGAUCCUUGAUUCUUCUUAUUUCAUGAGUUUUACCAUUCCAGCAAUAUGGAGAAACGCAAGACGAAGGGGAAGGCGAAGAUGGAGAUGAAGUUGAGAUGGAGAACAACGACGACGACUUCGACGAGGAUUGGUUCGGAGAUGAGAAAGGCCCGAAACUCGUCUUCAAUCAGCUCAACAAUAGCUUUUUCCGUAUGUGUAUAUUAACUUUAGCUGAGAGUAGAAAUAUUCUAUUCAUACGCCAAACUUUAUGAGGAACAGCGCAACUUUCAUUGUCACCCGAAACAACAUUAUAUCGCAGGCGAUAUAGCCGAAUAUUCUUGCUGCGACAUCUUCAGAAUCUCGAUCCCAUUUCGCUCUCUUUUAUAAAUUUGAGCUGUAGUUUUUUGUUUCGUUUUCGACUUUUAAAUGAAUCGAAUACAAAAAUGGGAAGGAAACAUUUCGGAGGACGAUAUAGCGCAAGGCUUUUGCGAUAUCGCAGCUACCCCGCGGCAUAGCGUUAUAGACCAUUUCGCGCCAGCUUGUCACGAUUUUCGUUUCCCUCCGGGCUGGAAAAUCAUUCUGUUCGAAGCGCGCGGAGUGUUUCUCUGCAUGCGUGUUUUGUUUGGCCUAAAAUUACCGUUAUAUUAAAGGCGCAGGCAGAGAUUGAAAUCGCGCCCGUUGAAAAGAGGGAUUUUUUAGCUCAAAGGAAUAAAAAAAUCGUGACGAGCUGGCGCGGAAUGGCCUGUACUUUCGCUGCGACAUAGCCCCUUGCAGACUACGAAAAGGCAUUGAAGCGGAUCGCCGAGCUUUUCGACUCCGAAAGAAGUCGGUCUUCAACGGAAGCUUCGCUCAGCGUCCGCUUCCGCGUCAGUCCCUUCUCGACGAACAUGACAAGGGCCGUCGGCGCCCUCCUCUACUACCUGGAAGCCAUUCGUCUUGGCGUCGAAAACCGUCCUCUGAACGUCAGGGCGCCUAUUGAAGGCGUCAAAACAUUUGUCCUGUUCGUUUCCUUUUUCGAUCUCAGAAUGUCAAAGUACAGCUUCAAAAAUUCGACUAUUUCACUAUUGAUUCUUAAACUUUCUUCUAGGUUAGAUUCUUUCUGAUGUGAACCAGUAGAACAUAUCUAACGGAUUUUCAUUCCCAUCCAACUUUUUUUUUUCCCACCACUUUUCAUAUUUAAGAGAGUCGCUCGUCGAAAUGGACUGGAACACUUACCAAGCUCUUGAAAUUUUUCCCCCCAAAGAAAAGGUUUUCGAAUAUUUUGAUUAAUUUCUAGACAGUUCUUUUCUUUCAGAAGUCUAAAAAUCCAACCCGAGGUGGUGCUGACAAAUCUUUGUUCUCCCUCUGCAACAAAACUAAAUCGUGUGAAGGGAAACGCUUGUUGGGGUGAGCUCUUUAACGUCUCUUCAUUAGCCACUAGAGUUGAUCAAUACAAAAAUAAAAGAUUUCGCUUAGAAAAAUUAGAAAUUAGGCAAGCACCAACCAAUAUAUUUGUAAGUAAGAAUAUUCCGACAAUUUUUCAUGUUUUCUUAUACGUGGAAUUUUCGGCUUUAGAGCGUUCCACGCGAGACGGUCACGUUUCGAAAGAAAAUUAAGAAAGAACAGCUUUUGAAUAAUUCCGAUUUUUUGCAGAAAAUGGUUCCGUACCCCUACAAAAAAUCGUGAGGUUCUCCGAAAACGACAGGCGGCGAUUGCUUAUUUUGCUCAUGUAUAUAUUCCCUUCAGAUUUUAUCAGAACUUUUGGGCAGAAUCUUAUUCAUCGAAUUGUUAACAGGAUUGCAACUUGAACACCACCUAUUUCAUAAGCAGAACUUUUUCUCGCGUCAAGAAUAUCAAGGUGAGUCGUCUCUUGGAAUUCACACAGUUUCACUGAUUUCUUUUAUUCAGCAAACUCUGAACCAACUGCGCACCGGACACGCUAGAUUCCUUCAUUGGAAGGCAUUUUCAGAUGUUCGUUUUGUAUAUAUUUACACAGAAAAAUUAAAACUCAAGGCAAUUUAUUUUCAUAACAAGUUUCAGACCAUCGAAGCUUUGAUCCAUGUUGGGAAAGUGAUUCAUGAACGGGAGGUAGUUCCUGAAAAAUUACCCAAAAAAAUAAGAGUUCUCCAGGUAAAGCUCGACAUUAUCGAAAAGAAGAUUGACCUGGAAGUUUUGAACGAACUUGCGGUCCUUUUCGAAAACGUGGUUUGCUCAAGUUGCAUUGGCUUUUUAGAGCUCUAGAAAAUCGAAAGUGGAAAUGAACUUAUUUGAAGGAAUUUUAGCAAUUUGAGUUCGAAAAUGUUCAUCCAGAGUCCCGAAGGACGAAAAAUUCGAGAACAUUGCUUUUCUCAAUUUUCGAAACUGCAAAAUUUGAGUAACAGAGUGGAAUUCAAAAAGAAAUUAGAUUUUCACGUAUUUCAAAACUAUCGUUGAAGGCAUACGGUAGAUAAUUAUUCCAUCUUUUAGAGCUUUCCUUUUUUUUCCAAACAGUUUCCUUGAAGUUUUACAGAAAUUUUUUCAUUUUGAUUGGUUCAUGGACGAAUUUCAUCGAUUUUUUCCUUUUUCUACUGACUGAAAAGACUUUUCAGACUGGAAAAAAGCGUAUCAGACUUUUUAGAUCGACUAUGAAGCAUCGGCUAGCGAAGACCGUGUCGUGGUCAAUCGGGGAGUCGAUCAGGCGCUUGAUGAAUGUCAGUUUUACACGAGAAAAAGCGCGGAAUUCGCUAUAUAGCCGAUUCACGGCUAGCUUGGAACUGUAGGGGGGCCUCUAUGGGUUAUCUACAAAUAGGGCACGGUUAUUUUUUAAAAUCGUGUCAGGACCCUUUUUCAAUGGCUUAAACCAGUCUUGAGUCAGCUAUAGAAGUUUCUGCAGGUAAGGACGUCUACGAGGGGCUGCCGAAAAUUUUGACGGAAGUGGCGCAAGAAGAGUCGAUAAAACUGGGCCUCGAAAAUACAAAAUGCUGCUGCAUUUACGUGCCGAUUCUUGGCUAUAUGCUCGUGUUGCCCAUCGAUUUUCCUAUUGACGAAAGGUGGUUUUCCGAAAAAUAAUAUUCUAAAAAAACGUCGAAAAUUGUUCAAAUGUCCUACAUUUAAUUUAUCUCCGAGAAAAUUCUAGAAAAAUUUUUAGACUUUUUUUAGUUGUUUGAUAUUUUUUUCCUUCUUUCACCGUGAAUUCUAGGUCAUAAGAAAAAAAUUAUGAAAUUUUUUUUAACUGAUUGAAAUAGAAAAAUCCCCUAAAGACUCAAAGACAAGUUACCAUAUUUUUUUGGGAAACGUUUUAAUUUGAAUUUUGAAGUUUAACAAAAGAAGAAGUACAGAGCGCCUCAAUGUGCAUUUUUCAAGUUUGCUCCAGCAAAGUACGUUUUCAAUAGGCUGGAAAGAACGUUUUUUGCAAUUAUAAGACAGGGCUAGAUGAUCAGAAAAUGUUUCCCUUAACGAACCAGAAAACUUGACAAGCGAAAGUUCGAAUGAAUUUCAAUGGAAAAUAUCAGAUUCCGGAUGGUCUACACGACGAACACCACGAUGCAUGUGAAGAACGAGAGAAUGGACAGACUUGAUCAAGAAAUGGGAGACAUCAAGAUGCAGAUAGUCGACAAGGAAGCCUUGAUUCAGAUGAGGUGCCAAGGAAUUUUUCGGAUGUAUUGACAGGAUCCUUUCCAGGGUGAAAAAGUUGAUCAUGGCAGUGAAAAAUGAGCUUCACAGCGCGGUGCGUGUUGUGGCGACACUCGACGCUAUCAUUUCCUUGAGCCUCGUAUCGAGGGAAAUGAAGUGCGUUUUUCGUGGGGUUCAUUUUUUGAAUUGAUUUUAUUAAUUUUUAAUCGAGUGAGAAACUAUUGUCUAAUAAGAAUUCAUAUCCAUUUUUUUAAAAAAUAUUUUACAGCAAAAAGUAGAUUAGAAAUUCUGAUGCAGAGUUUCGACUUACUUUCACUAAUUAUACCCACUGGAGUUUGGGGAGCAAAAUACCGAAUCAUCUCCAUAAUUUAUUAUGAAAAUAGAUUUUAGAACACUUUCAGGAUUAAAUAUAUAAAUAUAGUUCGAGGAUCAAUCCUAUUUUAAGCUGGGUUUGUCCGGCACUGGUCGACGAAUUGGUGAUCUUCGUGAAUGAAGGGACUCAUCCUUUGUCGCAACUUGUCUCCAAGAAAAACUUCGUCCCGAAUCCAAUAUCGUUCGUGAAAAAGUCUUGGAAAUGGUUUCUCCAUCUAUUGAGUCAGAUCUUGGAAUGGCGAAUCGAAAGUAAAGAUCAUCACAGGGCCGAACGCAUGCGGAAAAAGUAUAUAUCUAAAACAAGUUUGUGGUCCGAUUAUAUUUGCCUGAUCCUUUCUUUCUAGGUGGGCAUAAUCGUGUUUCUCGCGAGCAUCGGAAGUUUUGUGCCGGCGAGAAAAGCGAAAAUUGGACCGAUCGACCUGAUUAUCACGCGGAUGUACACCAUCGACACGGUUCUCGACGGGUUGUCAACUUUUGCCCUCGAUAUUGGCCAGGUGGGAAUAUCAGGAGAUGGAAUACUUUAUUCGCCGCUAGAUUGGGAAAAAAAAACUACGCUUUUGCGCCCGCAGGUAGAGAACGCAACGUUGUAGAUUAGCUGUAUUGGUGAGCAGGAAUUAACAAGAACAACUGACUAGGGAAUGGUCUCCAUUCGCAGUGGGACUUCUGAAUGAGACUAGGUUCACUAGAUGUAGUUUUUUACGCUGAUUCCAAAUCUGGUCUCAAAAACUGUCCUCGAGACCUGUGAAAAAAGUUAGGGGCUCUCAAAGUCGAAAAAUUUUAUGUCUUCGAUUGAGCUCAUUUUUGGAGGGUAUAUAGAUCUUGUCCCUCUGGUCACGAAAAACCAUCAAAUUUCUCUCAAAAAAAAUUCGGAGCCCAGAUAUGAACUUUCAAAGCCCCGCCUAACACAAGAGCAUGCGAGCGCGGUGUCCUAUGGCGAUCCGACGGCUGUCGAAGCAACGGCAGCGAGGAGCAGUGGUAAGGCGGCGGACUGGGGAUCACGAGGUCAUAGGUUCGGUGCCCACGCUGUGCAAACUUUUUGCGAUUUCUCCUUUUUUGGAUACUUUCGUCUAACUGCUCCUUUUUUGAGUUUUGAGGCGUAUAAACACGAAAAAACUGCGUUUUGAACCUAUUCCAACAGCUGAAAUUCUUUUUGUCGCAAAUUUUUUUAAUGAAAUUUUCCGUGAUUUUCCAUGUGUAUGAGCAUGAGUUGGAGUGUCAAAAUUUUCAGAAAAAAUUUUUUUGGUUUUUCUUUUUUUCUUUUUCCAAAAGCUGUCUGAACCGAAGUCAUCACAGCUACGCUGACCGACCACAGAAAAAAAUUUUUUUCUUCAAAAAACCCUUCGUUAUUUGCAGUGGGCUCACCUAUGACCAUCGCAUUUUGCCGAAAAAAAGAGAAAAUUCCCGCGAUUUGCCCCAAAUGGAAAAGAUUGAAAAUGUCCAAAAAACUUAUAUCUCAAAGAAACUUCAUUUUCUUAUUUUCAGUUUCUUUUUUAUUUUGGAACUUUCUACUCGCCGAAGUCUGACUAUAAUCUUUCAAAAAUUUUUCAUUGAACGGAAGUUUUUUUAGUGAGGUUUUUUUCUAUUAAUUUUAUUCACGGAUCAAAGGAAGCCUCCUUGAUCCGUGAAUAAAAUUUUUGCUGAAACUUUAUUCACGGAUCAAGGAGAGCCUCCUUGAUCCGUGAAUAAAGUUUCAGCAAAAACCUGAAUUAAAUUUGGGUGAUUUUUUUCUCUCGUGAAGAGGUAAGUGAGCACCGCAGUCUGAAAAAAAUUAUUGAAAAUUUUCCGCAUCAUCUAUCAGCGUAGCUGUGAUGACUUCGGUUCAGACAGCUUUUGGAAAAAAAGAAAAAAAGAAAAAAACCAAAAAAAUUUUUUUCUGAAAAAUUUUGACACUCCAACUCAUGCUCAUACACAUGGAAAAAUCACGGAAAAAUUUCAUUAAAAAAAUUUUGCGACAAAAAAAGAAUUUCAGCUGUUGGAAUAGGUUCAAAAACGCAGUUUUUUUCGUGUUUAUACGCCUCAAAACUCAAAAAAGGAGCAGUUAGACGAAAGUAUCCAAAAAAGGAGAAAUCGCAAAAAGUUUGCACAGCGUGGGCACCGAACCUAUGACCUCGUGAUCCCCAGUCCGCCGCCUUACCACUGCUCCUCGCUGCCGUUGCUUCGACAGCCGUCGGAUCGCCAUAGGACACCGCGCUCGCAUGCUCUUGUGUUAGGCGGGGCUUUGAAAGUUCAUAUCUGGGCUCCGAAUUUUUUUUGAGAGAAAUUUGAUGGUUUUUCGUGACCAGAGGGACAAGAUCUAUAUACCCUCCAAAAAUGAGCUCAAUCGAAGACAUAAAAUUUUUCGACUUUGAGAGCCCCUAACUUUUUUCACAGGUCUCGAGGACAGUUUUUGAGACCAGAUUUGGAAUCAGCGUAAAAAACUACAUCUAGUGAACCUAGUCUCAUUCAGAAGUCCCACUGCGAAUGGAGACCAUUCCCUAGUGAGUUUAUAUAGGCUGAGUGGAGAGAUCCCGAAGACUGGAAUGUUCCUGGAGAAAGGUGGAUUAUAGAGUAUACUAGGUAAGGAGUAUAGUGAAAAUAAAAACAAAACAUGAGUUGGUUAUGUCCCUGUUCUUUGGCCAAAUCUGGAUUUCUAACUAGUUGACUAUUUUUUAACGAUUCUGAAAGCGUCAAAAUUGAAAAAAUUUGGAAUUUGCACAGAUAUCGGUUGCGUUGCGACGCUCUACUGGGAAAUCGUUGGUUAUCAUUGACGAAUUCGGCAAGGGUACCAUGGUGGUCAGGAGUUCCCUUCUUUUUGGUGCUUAAAUUUUGAUAUUUGUCCAGGAAGUGGGUCUUUCGCUGCUCGCUGCCUGUCUCACGUAUUGGAUUCAGCGAGGUUGGAUUCCUCCUCAAAAAAAAUUUUUUUUUCGCUUUUUAGGUGUCGAAGAUUGUCCACAUUUAUUCCUAUCUUCGCAUUUCCACGCACUCCCGAAAUACAUCCCUUACACGGAGACUUUCGUUUCUUUCCAUGUAAAUUCUCAAAAGCUAAGGGGUCAUGGUGACAAUACUUUCGCAGGGUUUUCUGAGUUUCAGUAUUUUAGUAGUUUGAGAAAAUUUUGAAUCCUUCAAACUGGCACUUCAAACAGCUGUAAAAACUCGGUAAUGAGGAUUUAAUAACAAAUAGAAUAUGAACUUUUCUAGAAGGGAAGGAGGGUGAUGUAUGUAGAUAAUAGAUCACGUGGAAGAUGAAAACCACUAUAUGAAGGUCUGUUCUCACAGACCCUCACGAAGAACCUCCCCCUUGCCGACAACGAAGACGACUGCGACACACCCGAUGAGUCCACGAUAACUUUUAUGUUUGUGUGUGCGUGA